GACAGCACUGACAAGCAGGAAGUACAAUCAAAGUGAUUGCAUCUACAAAUCACUUUAUAGCUUCAGCACAGCAGUUGGUCUUUGCUAUAAAAUUAAGGUUCUCACCCAGCAUCAGAAAUGGAUGAUGAGCUAUUUGGAAUGAUCAAGAAUGCCCUAGCACCGGCUGAAAAAUUAAGAUUUGCUGUCCAGAACAAUAAACUGGAGGACUUGGAAAGUCUGUUGGAGAGUACACAGAUUGAUAUCAACCAGAAGUUACAGGAGCAAGGCGGGAAUACUGCACUUCAUAUUGCCUGUACUAAAGGAAACUACUACUGUGUCGAAGUUCUCCUCAAAACAAGAAAAGCAGAUGCAAACAUUAGUAAUGACUUUAAACUAACACCACUUGACUGUGCUUUACGAAAUCACAACACCAAAUGUGCAGAGUUGCUCCUGCAGAAUAUUUACUGGCCAAUUGACCUGCUUUGGCAGCGAUGCCUGCAAAACCUUGAUCAAAACAAUGGCUCAGAGUUGGCCACUAUCUUGACAUUUCUGAUAAAGGGAACACCCAAUUGCCUGAUGAACAAAUAUUUACCAGUCCUACUGAAUGAGUGUUCUCGUCUAAGAUACUACGACAGUGACAAAGUUGAAGAAGUGUUUAAAGUCUUUUUUCUGACUGGCAACUCAAUGUUGGAGCAAGAGUAUGCACAGAACCCGACUUUAGCACUUCCAUCUUUCAAAGAAUGGCACAAAUCUUACCGAUCACAACCACAGAAACUGCAGCACUAUAGCCGUGUUGUUGUGAGAAGAAACAUAUCAGAUAAUCUGUUCUUCCAAACACAACUGCUGCCACUGCCAUUGAAGGUAAUGGAUUACUUAAUCUACAGAACAUUCUGAGGGAUGAUGUCAUUCUUAAUUGCACAAAGUUUGCCUGGAAUCACUAGACACUGUGCCAAUUCAGAAACCAUUCAAUUUGAACGAUGUGCAGACUAUAGACUAUGAAUAACAUUAUGUCGUACCUCUCUAUUGGAUAGAUGGUCACUAAGUUUCUCGGCGGUUUCCAAAUCUCCAAGGUUGAUAGCUUCAUCAAUCUUUUCUUCCAGCUUGGUCUGAAUCAAUAAAUGUGGAAAAUUAUAGUAAAGACUCCAAGUUUAAUGUUACUGUACAAACUGAUUCUUACAAAAUAUUA